AGUUUUAAUCAACUGCCUCCUAUGACCAUUCAACCAGUCUUUCCUUCUUCUUCUUCUUCUUCUUCUUCUUCUUCUCCAUAUGAUGUCUUUCUGAGUUUUAGAGGCGAGGAUACACGCACCAAUUUUACAGAUCAUUUGCGCAAUGCUCUGGUUGGUAAAGGGAUCCACACCUUCAUUGAUGAUGAUGAGCUUCCAAGAGGAGAAGAAAUAGCGCCAGCCCUUCUCAAAGCAAUUGAAGACUCAAGAAUUUCUCUCAUUGUAUUCUCUGAAAACUAUGCAUCUUCGAGGUGGUGUUUGGAUGAACUUGUUGAGAUCCUUCGAUGUAAACAAUCAAAGCAGCAAAUAGUUUGGCCCAUUUUUUACAGGGUGAAUCCAUCUCAUGUGCGAAACCAAACAAAUAAAUUUGGUAACGCAUUUAACGGCCUUAUUGAAAGCAAAUUCAAAGAUAAUGCGAAGAAGGUGCUCAUAUGGAGGGAAGCUCUUACAAAAGCAGCAAAUUUGUCCGGACAUCCUUUCAAGGAUGGAGAGCAUGAAGCUACAUUUAUCAACAACAUCGUUGAUGGAAUCUUAAGCCAAGGACUGAGCCGCACAUAUUUGAAUGUGGCCAAGUACCCAGUUGGAAUUCAAUCUCAUGUACAAGAUGUGGAAAGGCUUUUAGAUGUUGGUGGGAAUGGUCGUCGCAUGGUUGGGAUAUGGGGAGCAUCUGGAAUAGGCAAGACAACAAUUGCAAAAGCUAUAUGGAAUGGAAUUGCCCAUAAGUUUGAAGGAAGUUGUUUCUUGCCAAAUGUUAGAGAAGGAAGUUUAAUCCAGCUACAGGAGAAUCUUCUUGAUAAGAUUCUAGGCAAAAAAUUGAAAAUUGGCAAUGUUGAUGAAGGAUUUGGUGUUAUAAUGGAACGGUUGAGGCAUAAAAAAAUUCUAUUAAUUCUUGACGAUGUAGAUGAAUUGGAGCAGUUAGACAACUUGGCUGGAGAUGAUUGGUUUGGUGAGGGUAGUAGAGUAAUCAUUACUUCAAAAGAUAUGAGAUUGCUAGACAAUCGUGAUAUUGAGUUGAUAUACGAGGUGAAGAAGUUAUAUUACAACCAACUUCUUGAGCUUUUCAGUUGGCAUGCAUUCGGAAGAACUGAACCUCCAAAAGAUUAUUUGGAACUCGCACAACGUGCAAUAGCUUUUGCUGAUGGCCUUCCGCUAGCUCUAACAAUUUUAGGUUCUCAUCUUCGUAAUAGAGGAAUACGAUGUUGGCAAGUUAUAUUAGAUGGUUACAAAGGAGAGCCUUAUACACAUAUUGAAAGAAUACUUCAAAAAAGUUAUGAUGCCUUGGAUGAUGACACGAAAGAAGUUUUUCUCAACAUUGCAUGUUUCUUCAAGGGUGCAAAUAAGGACGUUGUGCUACAGAUAGUCCCCCAAAAUUGCAUUGAGGUACUCCUUGAUAAGGCAAUGAUAACCAUUGAAUGGGAUGAUAGGAUUUUAAUGCACGACUUGCUAGCAAACUUGGGCAAGAAUAUAGUUCACAAAGAAUCCCCCAAUGAUCCCGGCAAGCGCAGUAGAUUGUGGUUUUACGAGGAUGUCAAGCUAGUGCUAACGGAAAAUACGGGAACAAGAAAUAUUAAAGGCAUCAUUGUGAAGCUUCCAGAAUCAGCUGAGAUAAACUUGAAUCCAGAAUGCUUCCGUAAUAUGGUAAAUCUUGAAAUUUUCAUAAACCGCAAUGCAUCUCUAUGUGGGCACAUUAACUAUCUGCCCAACGCGUUAAGAUUGAUUGAUUGGGAUAGAUGUCAGUUACAAUCUUUGCCACCCAAUUUUCAAGGAAAUCGUCUUGUUGAGUUCAAUAUGCCUUGCAGUCAUAUCAGACAAUUGGAGGGAUUUAAGCAUUUGUCAAAGUUGACAUCUAUGAAUUUGAGGGGUUGUCAAUUCUUAGAAAAAAUCCCUGACGUAUCCGGAAUCCCAAAUAUAAAGUACUUGAAUCUACGUGAGUGCACACUUUUGUUUGAGGUCGAUGGUUCUGUUGGAUUCCUUGAUAAACUUGUUCAAUUGGAUCUUGGUGGAUGCUUCAAUCUUACAAGGUUUGCAACAAGACUUAGAUUGAAAUCUCUUGAAGAACUUGAUCUUAGGGAUUGCAAAAGGCUUGUGAGUUUCCCAGAAAUAGAAGUCCAGAUGGAAUCACUACAGCAUUUGAACAUAUCAGGAAGUGGCGUAAGAGAAUUGCCUUCAUCAAUAGCAUAUCUUACUGGGCUUCGAGAAUUGUAUCUUUCUGGAUGCUUCAAUCUUACAAGGUUUGCAACACUUGGAUUGAAAUCUUUUGAAGAACUUGAUCUUAGUAAUUGCGAAAGGCUUGAGAGUUUCCCAGAAAUAGAAGUCGAGAUGGAAUCACUAGAGACUUUGGGCAUAUCAGGAAGUGGCGUAAGAGAAUUGCCUUCAUCAAUUGCACAUCUUACUGGUCUUGAAGUAUUACAACCUGAUUAUUGUGAGAACCUUACAAUUACGGUGAACUCUCAAGUUUCAUCCAGCAACUCCGAAUUACAGCUGCUUCCCAACCUAAUUGAUUUUAGACUCAGAGGAUGCAAUCUAUCAAAAAUUAAUUUGCUCCUGCCCCUUGAUUGCUGGUCCACAUUAACAGUACUUAAUCUAUCGCGAAACAAUUUUGUCAAUCUUCCGAUAUGCUUUACCAAAUUUGUCAACUUGCGGAAUCUUGACUUGAGUGAUUGCAAAAGUCUUCUGGAAAUUCCAGAACAAGUGCUUCCACCAAGAGUAACUUGGGUAUUGCUGGAUAACUGCACAUCAUUGGAAAAAAUUCCAAAACUGGCUUGGGUAUUGAUGGAUAACUGCACAUCAUUGGAGAAAAUUCCAGAAAUCUCACCGGGGAAUGAUGAAAUGUAUCUGGGUUUGACCAAUUGCGUUAGACUACGUGGCUAUGACAUCACAGAAAAUAUUUUUCUGAAUCAGGUUUCUGUUUCUUCUCUACAUUCUCAUUUCAACAUUAGUCUUCCAGGCAAUGAAGUUCCAAAGUGGUUCAGCUGUCGUAAAGAUGCAACACUAGCUAAAGUUAAAAAGAAGGAAGUGGAGGAAGAGGAGGAAGAGGAAUAUUACCAUGCUGGAUGUGAAGUUAGUUUUGAAAUUCCUCCAAAUUUAAAAUUGGAGACGUUAAGAUUGGUUCUAUGUGUUGUUAGUAUUGCUCAUGCCAAGAUUCUUCUCAAUGGAAAACUCGUCAAUGAGAGUGGUAUUGGAUUAUAUGAGAGACAUAUUGGAUUACGGGAAAGUCAUGUGUGCCUCGAGUCUAUUCCAUUAUUGGAUAGGCGAAACGCGUACGAGUUUGAAGAACCACUGACGAAGCAGGGUAAUACGUGUCAAGUUAUAUUUGACUUGUCUGGCGAAGUGCCCACACCCGUUAAAAUUCCCUGCGGGGUCCACCUAUUAGGUCACCAAGUUGUUGAUGUCAGUGAGACUGAUGUUGUUGAUCAUGGGCCAAUGCAGUUGUUGUUACCUGAUGCGAUGGCAGUGGACGAUGAUAUUUACGAUGAUCAACACCAAGACUGCGAAUUGCUUUCCUUGUCUUUAGGAUCAAAGACUAGUCUUGGCAAGAGGCCUCGCCAAUCAUAUUACAUGGCACUUCAUGAUGAUCAUCGUGCUAACAUCGUCGACAUUGGUGAUCAUGAAGCUCAAUGGCUUACCUUGUUUACGGGACCAGCGGAUCACCAAAAGAGGAGGCACAUUGAUCCUAAUGAGGAGCCAAAGCAAUGAAGUUCCAAAGUGGUUUAUGUGAGCCCUAGGUUCAGCUGUUGAAAGGAACCCAAUUUCCAACAAUGGUCUGGUAAUCAAGUGGUGUGUUAACAAUUUCUGAGAUUCCAUUUUAAGUUGCAUAAGGCAAUACCUUUCUUCUCAAUUGAUGCAUCCAGCAUUUAUCCAGGGAUGAACAAAGCUGGAUUUAUGUAAUGCUUUCAUUCCACACAUAUUUUGUCUAUGAUUCUUCUAUCUCAUUCACUGGCAUCCAAAUAUGUCCAACAUAUUUCUGUUGAAAGAUUAUGUCUCAUUAUACUAGUGAUGUUGCUGGUAUUGGCAAGGUACAAGAAUCCCAGCAUGUCUAAAUCAUGUGAAGUUGCUCCAACUCAACUGCAGCAUUUUUGAUAAUCCUGCAAAAGACACAAAAUGGGAUUUGGAACAAUUGAAACUGCAAGAUGAAAAUUUUGAUGGGCAGCGAUAGUAUCAUCCAUAUUUUGUAGUUUUCGAACUCUUGUCUAGAUUGCGAAUGGAUUUUGGUUCUUUGAAUACCAGUUGCUGUUUGAACAGCCCUGGUGGAGCUAACAUCUCCAAUGACUCCAUUUACCCAAAAAGAAUUUGGCUUUAGAAACUAUGAAAAAGACACCAGGAAUUACAACUUUA